AUGGAUGAUCAGUUUGUGAAGCGAUGGGAUCCAUUCAAUGAGAAAGAUAGCUUGCAGAAGAAGAAGAACGAAGAACAAGAAGAAGAAGAAGAAGACGUAAAAAAGCUCAAACAGAUUAAACAGCCCAAUCCUCUAAAUGAACAAAAACGGGAGCACGAAGCCCGACAAAAAAGGGAACAAGACCAAGCCGAUCAAGGACAAGGCCGACAAUAUCAAGCCCAACCAGUUCAGCCUCAAAGCAAAAUACCGCUCUUUGGUGAUGGCGGCCUCAUUCUUACAGAUUGGACAACUUCACAUCUAAUCGAUGAUCCUAUCGAUCAAUACAAAGAUACUUGUAGUUCCGUUGUCUUCACAAGACUUACACAGGCAUCUUACAACAAAGAUAGACAUAUUGCCCCACGCCAAAACAUGUCAUAUCGAGAUUUGGUAGAGUACCUUAAAGGAAAAUCCAAAGGACGAAAGCUUUCCUUCCAAAAUUUAAAUGAACCGAUCAAGUACAUCCAAAAUGUUGGGCUUCUUAAAGAUGUCAUCUAUCAUGUACCAGCUGUUAUAACUGAAAAAUGUGAUGCACAUGUUAUGUUUGUCGUAGCAAAAGACAUGAUAAAGGCUCCGAAUGGAGAAAGCGGAUCGGACGGAGCAGAUCAAGCGGAUCAAGCAGAUCAAGCUGAACAAAAGCGGAUCAAGUAG